AUGAAGCAAAAGAUGGUGAUAAACGUUUGCAUGCACAGCGACAAGGACCGCUGUAAGGCCAAAAAGAUCGUGGGAGGCAUUUCAGGUGUGUUAUCAGUGACGCUAAAGGGGGAGGACCUGAGGCAGAUUGAGGUAAUUGGAGUCGGGGUGGACGCGGCUGCCGUUACAACCAAACUAAGAAAAAAAGUUGGGCAUGCAGAGCUUGUCAUUGUUGCCCCUGCCGAUGAUCCUUUAAAGCCAACUGAAAAUGACGAUAAGCCGAAUCCGGAUAUUUGUGGAGUACCCCAUUACCAUACACUUCCUGUCUACGCGAACUACCACUACUAUCAAGAUAUUCCCACUUGUACCAUUCUAUGA